AUGCGCGCCGCGCCGCUGUUGCUGCUCGUGCUCCUGGCCGCGCCGGCCGCCCGUGCCAGCCGUGCCCAGUCCGCCGUGGCGCCGCAGCCCGAGCGCCCCCCGCCCCGCUCGGGGCCUGCGAACACCACUCGGACCGCGUCUGGGGACGCGCCAGUGCCAGGGGGCGGCGGCGGCAGCUCCAACAGCAGCGGCGACGCCCUGGUGAUUCGCAUCUCCAGCCUGCUCCGCGACCUGCCCACCCUGAAGGCGGCCGUGAUCGUGGCGUGCGCCUUCACAGCCUUCCUCAUCGCCUGCCUGCUGCUGCGCGUCUUCAGGUCGGGAAAGAGGUUGAAGAAGACCCGCAAGUAUGACAUCAUCACCACCCCAGCUGAGCGAGUGGAAAUGGCCCCGCUGAACGAAGAGGAUGACGAGGACGAAGACUCCACAGUAUUUGACAUCAAGUACAGGUAAAACCUGUUUUCCAGUGUUUUGCAUCCUGUGGAAAAUCGGUCAGCUGCAGCCUGGGUGUGGACGAUCUGGAAGCCAUCUGGUCCGAGGCGUUGAAACCAAAACAAACAUUAUUUAUGAAACUCUGGCACAUCUGUGUGUGUCGAACGUCUGCUCAGAAUGUCACCACAGGAGAAUCACCUCGACCACCCUCUGGACGCCCCUUUAAAAUGUUACCCCUUGUUCCUCCUCACGAGGGCUUUUGCCUUGCUAAGGGGUAAAGGGUACACACAUGUUGACUUAAAAAAUAUUAAUUUGAAAGCAACUGUUGACAAAAGUAAAAGAAAUCAGAAGUGAUCAAGAACCUCAGAAAGCCUGCAGGAUGCCCAUCUGUGUAUUUAGGAUUUCUGACCUGCUCUCCUGGAUGUUUGACAUGUUACACGUCUAGCUCUUUGGUAGUUUUUUGGGCUUGGUCCAGUUCUGGCCUUCUGUUGGGAAUGGCUGUGUGCUAGUUCAAAGUGAAAGUGCUUGGAGCUGGUCAGCCCAUAGCAGAAGUAUACACGACUGUGGCUCCUUUCUUUGUUUGUUUGUUUCUUUUUUUUAAGGGUUCAAAGAAUUAGGCCUGGCUAGUUCACAACGAGUCUUGAAUGUCAGGAAAAAAAACAUGUGUGUGCGUGUACAUAUAACACAAUUUCACCUUCUCUGAAGGGAAGAGGAGGUACUAGGCAGCCUUUGGUGAACAUACAUCUUUGUCUGUUUCUCUGCCCUGUCACGGUUCUUACGUUGUCGGCCUUAGAAAUCUAAUUUU